AUGUCAUCUACCAAUGAAAAGAAUAUCCAUAAAGUGCGGUUUGAAAGGCUUCAAUUAGUUGGGAAAAAAGCUGUGGAACAGGUUCUUAAAACUUCCUUAACUACAGACCAGAUUAAAUCUUGCUACAAGGAAAUUGCCGAGUCAGAGGUUGGGUUAAAGAGUCUAGAAACAGGACUGAAUCAACUAGAAAAGUAUCUACUUGAAGAAACUCUUGCUGAGUUUGACCACAUUUAUGAAGAAAAUGAUCUUUCGUCAAAGCUUAAUGAUUUAGAUGAAGUAAUUCAAAAUGCUUUCCAAAGAGAACAGGGAAAAAUGAGCAGUGCCGAAUCAUUACCAGUUCAUAUAGACCAGCUAUCUUCGUCAGAAAUUAUAGACUCAAUGAUUUUGAAUAAAAAGGAAGAUACAUUGCUCGCGUUGGAAAAAGUUUACUUAAAAACCUAUUCCGAUAACGAGGAGCUUGAGGAAAAGUUGAGAAAGAUUAUCGCUAAUGCAAGCGCAAUCAACUCGCAGAUACAGGAUGUCUUGAUACCGAUUAAAGAGCAAGCUAGUUUUGUGACAUCAGACCCAGUGAAAAUGGACAGCAUCAUUGACCUAAAAGAAAAGUUUACAUGA